GGUGAAACCCUGUCUUUAAAUUAAAUACAAACAAAGGCUGGGAUGUCACUCUGUGGUUAAGUGCCCCUGAGUCCAAUCCUUGGUCACUCCCCCCACCAUAUGUAAUCCAUACUAUUCCUUUUGGAUCACACAGUAGGCAUAGGCAUUAAAAAAGACUUUCCAUUUAACCACCCCUUCCCUGAAUUCUGGAAAAUGUUGCUAUAUAAAACUUGAAAGCAUAAUGUGUGAGUAGAAGUAAAUGAUAGAGGACAAAUUUAUUUUUGUUAUUUAAUAUGAUAAAGUGAAUAGAACAUUUUAAUAGUAAUCACAAUUUUGACUUUGGUCCCAGUUUGUGCUUUUAUACCUCAGUUUCUUUACAUUAAAAGAGGGCUGAAUUAAACUUAUUCUUUCAAAAGACCCUUUACUAGGUUUCUUUUACUACAUUGCUAAGUCAUAGACUUGUCAGUGACUAAAUGUCAGAUGGGGAUAAAGGCCAUUAUUUUGCUUAUUUUUCUCUUAAAGAAUUUCCAGUGAUAUAUGUGUUUCUAGAUAUAAAAUUACGUGUUUAUAGGGCCAGAAGAACUCUUCAAGUUCAUUUUGCUGGCUCCUUCUUUUCCUAAGCAGUAGCUGAAGCUAGAUAAGUCAUCUCUGUAAGCAUUAUGUGGCAGCAGUCUCCUUGUCUUGGAGGAUAGAAACUAGUCAGUGCAUUUUACAUUUUCAUGAAUUUAAUCUACAGUGUUAGGAUUUGCAUACUCUUUCUUAAAACUUGUUAGAACUGUCAGCCCUAACACAUAAAUCAGAUUAUUGUUGGAAGUUGGAUUGCAACUAGGAGGGAAAAACCCAGAAUCUUAGUUAUAAUUAAAAAGUUGCAUGUGUUGUUUUUAAUAUUAAAAAGUUGCAUAUAUAAGUUACAUAUAUACAUAUAUACAUAUAUGUUGUUAUAUGGAGGAAUGUUAAAGGUCAAGUCAACCAAUAAAUAAAUAAAGAAAAUUAAAAAGGAAUGUGUAUAGAAGGGUAAGGACAUGUUGCAGAGACUGAGUGCUUUAUCCAGGUGAAGAGACCCUAUGGUCUGUCAAGGACUUUGUACCCUAUUUAAAAAUAUAGCUAACAAUAGUUUGAAGUUCUCUUUGGAUGACAAGAAGAAUCUGUCAUUUUAGUAUUUUCUCUUCAAGCUGUUCCAGACCUGCAAGGGACCUUUGAAUAUUGAGUGUGCAUGACCUGCAGCAAGGCUGCUGUUCUCAAGCACCCACACAACUGGCUUGCAAGGGGCGAGUUUUGAGCGGUGAUCAAAACUCAGCCUGUUGAUUCCAUUUCCUCCCGCUCCAGUCCUGGUUAGGGAGUGGCUCUCCCAGGACUUCCCAGUGUGUGUGUACGCAUGGUUUUUUUCCCCCCCUCUCCUUUUUAACACCCCGCCCCCACCGCCCUGUGUUCGGGUACUGGUGUUCACAGAGCUUGAAUGCCUUGUUUUCUUUCAGGCAGUCUCGGUUAGCACUUCAAUUAAGACAUUUAUUUCGCACUCUGUCGUCUUGGGCUGCGUGUCCUCUCUGGUUUCUGUGCUCUCUCUACGCCCUUUCCAGUUUCCUGUUAGCCAAAGGGGAUCCCUCUUUCUGAACGAAAAGUUCUCAGAGCAGAGCUAAACCUCCCGGAAAAUACCCUUCACUUCCUCGUGCGCCCGAUGGGGGUGGGGAUGGACCAAAACCUAAACACCACCACAGUGGAGAAAGCUCUAAGGGCCGGCACUUCCAGGCGGAGGAAGGAGAGGUAUGGUCCCCAGAGUGGGGCUGAGGGGACUUUUAUUCUGCUGGAACCAUGCAACAAGGCCCAAGUGUCUGCAGAGAUUCGGGGUCCAGGAGGUGGUGGGAUGCCCUCUAGGGAGUCGGGAGGUAGAUCCAAGUACUGAGAGGGGCCAUUCUUACCCUUGCUGCCCAUAACCAAGGGAGAGAGCACCAUCCGUCCUUGCCUGACCUGUGGCGGGAUUGACUACUACCUUGGUUUUCUGCCGUCCUGCCUUCUGGUCCAUCCUGAGGACCCCAGACCCUAGAAGAAGUAGGAGGGUAUUUGGCCUAUCCCUUUGUCAUCCUGUCCUCUCAACCUGCGCUGGUCUUAUUCUGAGGUUGAGUACACAGGGGUCCUAGUCGGGAAAGGGUUCUGUGUCUACAGUGCUUCAUUACACAGAAAUUCUGGCGGGAAUGAAGCAGAAAAGCCUGUCCAGUCCCUGACUGCUGGGCAUCUGGUCCCCAAUGAUCCUUUCCCCGUGGGGAUGGCUAGGGUAAGGGUAACCGAAGAUGGCGGCAUCAGCUGGGCGCGGGGUUCCAGGGCACUGCCAGGGUAGAGCCCACCCUCUGAUCUCUGCCACCGCCCCACGCCGGGCGGUGCUCUGUCCCUGCAGGAGUCGGAGAGGAUGGCGGGGGCCAGUGGCCAGCACCACCCUCCGGGUGCCGCUGGAGGAGCUGCUGCCGGGACCGGCACUGUGGUCACCCCCUCCGCUGCUUCAGCGGGGCCCGGAGAGGAUUCAUCUGACAGCGAAGUAGAGCAAGAGGGACCCCAGAAACUGAUCCGAAAAGUGUCCACCUCGGGGCAGAUCCGGACCAAGACCAGUAUCAAAGAAGGACAGCUAUUGAAGCAAACCAGUUCUUUCCAAAGAUGGAAAAAGCGUUACUUCAAACUUCGAGGCCGGACACUUUAUUAUGCAAAGGACUCAAAGUCACUGAUAUUUGACGAAGUUGACCUUUCAGAUGCCAGUGUAGCUGAAGCAAGCACAAAAAAUGCUAACAACAGCUUCACGAUAAUUACUCCAUUCAGAAGGCUAAUGCUAUGUGCCGAGAACAGAAAAGAGAUGGAGGAUUGGAUCAGUUCACUGAAGUCUGUACAAACCAGAGAGUCUUAUGAGGUGGCCCAGUUUAACGUGGAACAUUUCUCAGGGAUGCAUAACUGGUACGCCUGCUCCCAUGCCCGCCCCACCUUCUGUAACGUAUGCAGAGAAAGUCUUUCUGGAGUUACCUCCCAUGGCCUGUCCUGUGAAGUGUGUAAAUUCAAGGCUCACAAAAGAUGUGCAGUGAGGGCAACUAAUAACUGUAAAUGGACAACCCUGGCCUCCAUUGGAAAGGACAUCAUAGAGGACGAAGACGGACUCGCUAUGCCUCACCAAUGGCUUGAGGGCAACUUGCCCGUGAGUGCCAAGUGUGCUGUCUGUGACAAAACGUGUGGCAGUGUUCUCCGUCUACAGGAUUGGAAAUGUCUUUGGUGUAAAACAAUGGUACAUACUGCCUGCAAAGAUUAUUAUUUUCCUGUAUGUCCACUUGGCCAAUGCAAAGUAUCUAUCAUACCUCCAAUUGCACUAAAUAGCACUGAUUCUGAUGGUUUCUGUAGAGCAACAUUUUCAUUCUGUGUUAGUCCUUUAUUGGUUUUUGUCAAUUCUAAGAGUGGAGAUAAUCAGGGAGUCAAGUUUCUUCGUCGUUUUAAACAAUUGCUAAAUCCGGCUCAGGUGUUUGAUUUAAUGAACGGAGGUCCUCAUUUGGGUUUAAGAUUAUUUCAGAAGUUUGACAAUUUCCGGAUUCUUGUUUGCGGAGGAGAUGGAAGUGUAGGCUGGGUUUUGUCAGAAAUCGAUAAGCUCAACUUGAAUAAACAGUGUCAGCUGGGAGUAUUACCCUUGGGAACAGGCAAUGACCUGGCUCGAGUUCUUGGCUGGGGAGGUUCAUAUGACGAUGACACUCAACUUCCUCAGAUACUAGAGAAGCUGGAACGAGCCAGUACCAAAAUGUUAGACAGGUGGAGUAUAAUGACAUAUGAACUCAAAUUGCCACCAAAGGCUUCUCUACUUCCGGGACCUCCAGAAGCACCUGAAGAAUUUUAUAUGACGAUUUAUGAAGACUCCGUUGCAGCUCAUCUUACAAAAAUCCUCAAUUCCGAUGAACAAACGGUGAUUGUAUCGUCUGCCAAGAUAUUAUGUGAAACCGUAAAGGACUUCGUUGCCAAAGUAGAGAAGGCAUAUGACAGAUCAUUGGAAAAUGCAGUUGUAGCGGACGCCGUGGCCAGUAAAUGUUCAGUCCUAAAUGAGAAGCUUGAACAACUGCUACAAGUUUUGCACACAGAGCCCCAGCCUGAUGCUGUCCUCUCCGCUGUCAGCCCUGUCGUCCUAGAAGAAGAUGCUGUGGAAUCUUCAAGUGAAGAAUCCCUGGGCGAAUGCAAGGACCAGCUCUCAGAUGACAUUACAAAGCCUUCCUCACAAGGAGCCAUCAAACCCAGGGAAAUAAUGUUGCGGGCAAACAGUUUAAAGAAAGCAGUGAGACAAGUCAUCGAAGAAGCCGGAAAAGUUAAAACUUCACCUCAGUCUCCAGAUGCCAGGGCAUGUCGUGGCAAUUCUCAACCUGAUUCUGUCCCUGGUCCAGCUGCCACAGCCACCAAAGAAAACCUCCCUGUGCUCAAUACCAGAAUAAUCUGCCCAGGUUUAAGAGCAGGACUAGCUGCUUCAAUUGCUGGGAGUUCCAUUAUCAACAAAAUGUUACUAGCAAAUAUCGAUCCUUUUGGUGCAACGCCAUUUAUUGACCCGGAUCUAGAUUCAGUAGAUGGAUAUUCAGAAAAAUGUGUCAUGAACAAUUACUUUGGGAUUGGAUUGGAUGCAAAAAUUUCAUUAGAAUUUAAUAACAAGAGAGAGGAGCACCCUGAAAAAUACAGGAGCCGAACUAAAAACUUGAUGUGGUAUGGAGUCCUUGGGACCCGGGAAUUAUUACAGAGAUCAUACAAGAAUUUAGAACAAAGAGUUCAACUUGAGUGCGAUGGGCAGUAUAUUCCUCUCCCCAGUUUGCAAGGCAUAGCAGUGUUAAACAUCCCUAGCUAUGCAGGAGGCACUAACUUCUGGGGUGGAACCAAAGAGGAUGAUAUAUUUACUGCACCAUCAUUUGAUGAUAAGAUCUUGGAAGUUGUUGCAAUAUUUGAUAGCAUGCAAAUGGCAGUUUCAAGGGUCAUUAAGCUGCAGCAUCAUCGAAUAGCCCAGUGCCGCACAGUAAAAAUCACCAUAUUUGGUGAUGAGGGAGUCCCAGUGCAGGUGGAUGGUGAAGCAUGGGUCCAGCCUCCAGGGAUUAUCAAAAUUGUGCACAAAAACAGAGCUCAGAUGCUAACAAGGGACAGAGCCUUUGAAAGCACUCUAAAAUCUUGGGAAGAUAAACAGAAGUGCGACACUGGUAAAACAGUUCUUCGAACCCAUUUGUUCAUCCAGCAUGCCGUUGACCUGGCAACAGAAGAGGUGUCACAGAUGCAGCUGUGCUCCCAGGCUGCAGAAGAGCUUAUUACUAGGAUUUGUGAUGCAGCCACAAUUCACUGUCUUCUGGAACAAGAACUGGCCCAUGCGGUGAAUGCAUGCUCACAUGCACUGAAUAAAGCCAACCCAAGGUGCCCGGAGAAUCUUACAAGAGAUACUGCCACUGAAAUAGCCAUCAAUGUGAAGGCGUUGUAUAAUGAAACAGAAUCUUUGCUGGUUGGGAGGGUUCCUUUGCAGUUGGAAUCUCCACAUGAAGAACGGGUGGCUAGUGCCUUACAUUCUGUGGAGGUGGAGUUACAGAAAUUAACAGAGAUCCCCUGGCUUUAUUACAUCUUACACCCCAAUGAAGAGGAGGAGCCUCCAAUGGAUUGCACCAAAAGGAACAACAGAAGCACAGUAUUUCGUAUAGUGCCAAAGUUUAAAAAGGAAAAAGUUCAAAAGCAGAAGACAAGUACUCAGCCUGUUCAGAAAUGGGGCACUGAGGAAGUUGCUGCUUGGCUGGAUCUGCUCAAUUUGGGAGAGUACAAAGAAAUCUUCAUCCGUCAUGACAUCAGAGGGGCUGAACUUUUGCAUCUGGAAAGGCGAGAUCUUAAGGACCUGGGGAUACCGAAAGUGGGCCAUGUGAAGCGAAUUCUGCAGGGAAUUAAAGAGCUUGGAAGGAGCACUUCCCAGUCUGAGGUGUAAUAUUGGUGCUAUUCCUUGGAAGAGAAGUAAUUGCUACUCAAUACAAAGUUCUUGGAAGCAAUUGGCUGUUCUUGUAGUUUUCUGCAUAGAUAAGUAAGCACCACUGAAGCACCUCUGUGGCUUGAUAUUUUAUUAUGGGUGAAAUUUUUGAUUUGAGGUUUUAGAAAAUAUUUUUGUGCCAAAAAUACAUUCCAUAAAGCCAUUUUCUUAUUGUGCAAACCUGAUAUGUUCAAAUAUGCUCAUAGUUGGAAAAAAGUAGGAGGCAUCCGAGAUAACUGCAUUGUCUAAAAGUGGAAUUGCUACUUACUUACUUUCCUUAGAUCUGGUCUGAUAGAGGGUUCUUACUGUGCAAUCAUAAAGGUGUGUGACUAAAACUUCUUGGGUUUCAUUGUUGGAGGAAUUGGCUUCUUUCUUCAAAUCAUUGGUUAGGAGACGAAGAUAUACAUUAAGUUGUGUUUUGAAUGUUAGAUUGGUAUUACCAUAGGUUCAAAGCAUUCACUGGUCAAAGAAUAUGGUUAAACCAACCUAUCAAAUACUACAAAUAAUGCAGAUCUUAAUGCACGGAGUUCCUGCCUGAAUUGUCUUUCUUUUUCUUGCAUGUCAUAUUGUAACACUUUGGUAGCCUUAAUCUCAGUUUUAGUGGAAUUUGAUUUAUGACUACCCAAGUACCUUUUUGUUGGUUAAGGGACUGAACUUUUCUGUUCUAUAACGUGGAAUUUUAUAUAAAUAUUCUAUACCUAAGAUUUUGUGAACAUGUGUCUGUGCCAUAAUCAACAAAUGAUAUACAUCUUAUGCAAGCCAAUUUUAUUUUAACUUAUCAUACAUAAACCAUAGGUAUGCACAUUCAGAAAAUUGUCUGGAUAUUUUUAUAAACUUACAUGCUGUUAUCUAACAGAACUUAUUACAACUUUCCAAAGCAAAAUUUCCACAUUUUGUUCCUGUUUUUUCAUUUCAUUUUAAUAAUCAUCUAAUAUUUUGUUUGAAUUUAUAACAGACUGUUGACAUCUAGGAAUUCUGCAAGGUCUCAACUGAAAUUUUUAUACUGAUUGGUCACCCAGACUCACCCACUAGUUACAGUGACUUCUGACAUGAACUUCCCAACAGAAAAAAUUUAAAUUCUUAAGGGCUUUCUUCUUAUUAUUAAUAAUAAUUAUUAUUAUUAUUUCACAUAAUUCUUCUAACCUAUCAGGUUGAUUUUCUUUCCCUUUUUCUAAACCACUAUACAUUAGAGUUGCUCAUUAGAAGUCAACAUUACAGUUAUCAAAUAUUUGAAAGCCAAAGGCAUACAUAUCAAGAAGCCACAAAAAUAUUCUUAAAUAAACUUUCUUUAGCCAUUAUAAUGCCAAGAAAUUAAUUAUACUAUUUUUAAUGUUCUAUGUAAGAAAAAUAAACAGGGUACUGACCCAGUGUGACAGUUUUCAUAAAGUAACCUGGGAGGUGCUCAAUAGCUAUACGUGCACACUAGUGUACAUAUACACAUAUUUGUGUAUAUACACCUACACACAUAUACAUAUUAUAUUGAGACAUAGUAUCAUUGAUAUUUUCUAGACAAUAUUCCCCAGUGUUUUAAGAGAAAUAGUAAUCGAGGAAUAUUUAAAGUGAACUAUUGACAGACAUAUAUAUUUACCUCAAAGGAACUUAAUUAUGUGAUAGUUUGUUCUUAUUUAUAACUUGGGUAUUUAACUGGUAGUAAAGUCACAAAAUUUGGAUAUCUUAGAAAUAAAAAAAAAAAUGGGAGGGCUGGGAACAUAACUCAGUGGUAGAGCACUUACUUGCCUAGCAUGUGUCAGGCUGCAGGCUCAAUCCCCAUCACUGCAAAUAAAUAAACCCAAUGGGUUCCAUGUCUGACUUUUUACCUAAGUUGUGGACAAAUGGAAAUUUUCCAAAGGGAAUUUGUGUCAAGUAGUUUAAAGGGGUGGUUAAAUUUUAAUUUUAUCCACUCCUGUGAAGCCGGGGGUCUCCUUUUCCAGUCUUCUUUGUAGUCCCCACCCUAUAUGUUGUCUCUGCUCCACGUGCUUCCUCCCUUUGAAACUAAAAUACCAGGUGCCAGAUCUCAGAACUCUCUUGAGACCCUGAUCCUGGUCCAGGUCUCAAGAAAGGAGGGGUGAGAGGAACUCUAGUAUUAAGACAGUGCUAAUAUAAAAUAUAAAAAUCUUUAUUGAUUCCCUCUCAAAAAAAAUGAAUACCUCUUUGCUAAUAGAAAAGAUUUAUAAGCUAUUACAUGUUCUGAAUUUGAGUAUGAUGUAAAGGAUUGAAAUUUUUCUUGUUGUUUGACCAUUUUGCUUAGGUAACAUCUUUUAAUUUCUUUAAAAUCUCAGUUACUAGAAUCUUUAACUAGAAUUUUCCUGCAAAUGGCUCUUGGAUGAGGGAAAUCUUUUAGAAUGACAAUUUGGAUUUUUUAAUUUUUUUGUUGUUAAAUGAUAGCUAUUUUCCCUGUAAGGUCGGUCUGCUUGUCUGCAUAUGUCUGUGCAGGACUCAGAUGACUUCACUGACACCUGUCACCAGCAUGGCACCGUCAGAGCCUCCUGUCAGCAUCACAGAGAAACCAUCUUCUUAUCCUAGUUGGGGUUUAAAAACCAUCAAGUGGGAAUUGCUUCUCCCUGGCAUGGGAUCACAGCCUGGGAUCACAGCCUGAGGAGUGCAGAUGGCUUCUCUGCUUAGAUCCAUGCACACGCUUACGUUGAGAAGCUCACCCGUGCACUGAUUGCAGCUGUAGCUGUCACUGCUCCUCCUCAUAGGUUCUCCCACGCCUGGAUAAUUAGGGCGUAGGUGGGAGAAUCACAGCCCAAAUCUACUUUCCCUGACGAGGAAAAUUGCUUUUCAAAAAGGAAAGGGACAGGGUCAGUCCUAAGUAAAAUUCCAGACUUCUCAGUAUUCCCCAUUCAUUGUCUCUCCACCUCCCUUUCUCAGUUUCUUUCCUACUUUCUGGCUUUGCGUUUUCCCAUGCCUAACAUAGUAAUGGCUGCUCAAAGUCUCACUGCCUUCCCGCCAUCCUUUGCCAGUCAGUUGCCCUGUGUAAAAUGUUCUCUUUUCUCUCAUCACCAUAGGAGAGUUUUCUUCUCAAUCCUUAUUCUUAACCCUGUUCUAGAUGGGGUCUCCCUACCUAAUGGGUUUAUUUGGGUAACUAAGGUGGAGCAUAGGAGAUUGGUUAAGCAGCACAGCUGAACUUUCUCCAGUCCCUCACUGUACUGUAAGCCAGUAGCAAUCCAUCUGCUUAGUUUCUUGCCCCUGUGGCGUGUUUGUUUAUUCAUGACAAGUCACAAGGGACAUUUCAGAAGACUAUGUACUGAGAUAAGUAAAGAUUACUGAUCAUUGUCCUUCAACUUGUACAUUUUCAUUUUCUCUUAUCAUUAGAUUACCCUGUUGCCAUAGUACAUGCUUGAAGACACAUAGCACACACAUUAAAUGAAUCAUUAGGCAUGCAAAAAAAAAAAGGAUCAAAAUGAUUACAAGUAAAACAAAUGUGUCAUUUAUUCCCUCAAAGUAGGCGUGUCUUGCUAGAUUUGGAUCUGUGUUUCUUACACUAACUUAUCUUGAUUUUCACAUGGCUAAUAAUUUCUUAAAAUGGUGCCUGAAAAUAAUACAUUUUUGGCCCCUAAAUGCAAAUUAUUUAAUUCUAAAAUAAAAUCUUUCCCAAUGACUUAUUGUCAGGAAUCCUUCACUUAAUAAUUCACAUAAAAUUUAACAAAACAUAACUGCCUAGAGAUUCUUUUUGUGUGUGUGUCUUCGGUCAUUACUUUUUUAUUUUUUAUUUGUUUUUUUUUUAGAUAUACAUGACAGAAUGUAUAAUAAUAUGUCAAAAUACAUCUACUGCCUAGAGAUUCUUAACUAAUUUUUUAUAAAUAAUGAUGGCACUAUUUUAGACUCUAUGGGUUAUUUUUGACAGGAAUACAAGUUAUGACUUAGCAAUUAUAGGAGCUCCCUCCAUACAAUACUUCUAAAGUAAAUAGUCUACUAUAUUCAGCUGGGCUAACGCCAUAGUUAACUUUCACAUUGUUAGGUUUUGAGUCUUUUAAUUAAACCAUGAGAACGAUACAUCUUUCACCUUGAUGCCAUGGAUCCUUCCCACCAUCCCCACCUCAAUGAACUAAUUUUACAUUUUUUCAGAUGGAAGUUGGAUAGACAAAUGAAUUUAGAGUUGGAUAAUACAAGUGGCAGUUUUAAAACAUCAAGUUCUCCCCCAGGACAGAAAGAAGAAAGUGAGAAGUAGAAAUUCCUCCAGUAGGAACCAUUAGCUACUGGAUUCACCCUCCCUGGUGGCUCCUACAACUUGGCUGCCACACUCCUCUCACUGCUCCACUCCAAGUGCCAUGAGGCCUAGGUCUUGACUGUUGCCAAGGAGACAUCCCAUGACUGACUUUGUAUAACAGUCUCCAUGUCAUAUCAGUAAUAGGGUGCCUCCCUAAGGAAGCAACCAAAUCUUUAAAAAGGUGAUGAUUAUUGGCUUCUACAAUAAGCAAAGCCUAAAUUUUAUUAUCUUUAUUACUGUUUUCUCAUUUUUCCAAGUUUUGUUCAGAGAUAUUUAUAUCAGAAGAAAAGAAGUACAGAGGUUUAUCAUUAUAGAGAAGAGAGAUUAAAGACAGCUGGACUGUACCUAUUUGUAUAAUUCUGUCAAUUUCAGGAAAAGAAGUUUAACAAUAACUGGGACUGCAUUAACUCAGUAACAAUGUUUAAGAUAAACUCCAUAUUAUAGUAUGUAAGUUAACAAUUCCCUUUAUGUAACUAAGUAUUCUAUUUACAUUAUUUAUAUACUCUCCUAAUUUCUUAUGCACUUCCAAGUUUUAGUUGGAAAAAUAAAAACAAAACCACUACUUAAGACUUUUUAAAGCUACACAUAAAAUAUUUCAUUUUAGCAACAAGUUAUUCACUGUUUAGGAAUUUAUAGUCUGGGUAUUUCAGAGUAACUGCAUUUCAAGAGUAAAUUAACCAAAUCUAACAGGACAGUUACUUUUAAAAUUCAUUAAAAUAAAGGGGUUUUAUACUCAGUUGAUAAUGCUAUUAAAGUAGGAUAAUGCAGUUAGAUAUACAAGCUAACAGGGAAAAAGACUAUAUCUUGGGGCCCUUAAUGUUUGAUUGCACUAUUGUUUUACACAACUUAGCCAUAUCUAUUUCUAUACUCUAAGUAUUAAACUAAUAUGUAGCUAAAGAUUGCUUGCAGUUCUGGUAACUGGUAACUAGUGCUGUGAAAGGUUUUGGUAUUGUAACAUUCCCAGUUUUGUGAGUUAUAUAUUGUAUAUUGAAGAUGACUAGUUAAUUGGAGUAAUAUAUUUAUCUAGAGCUGGGAAAAUAUGGUAAUUAUUUUCAAAUCUUUAAUAAGUUGUAUUAAACUUUUUCUUUCUCUUAUGCAAGGUUAAAGUCUUACUUUUGGUUAACACGUCUAUUUAUACAACAGGUUCCUCCUUUUACUGGUGUUAUUAAUUUUCAUACUAAAAUGUUUCUUACCCUUUUAUAUCAAAAUAAUUAUCGCUCUGGUUAUUCAAAUUGCCAGGGUGUAUUUUAGUUUGCAGGACUUUUGGCAAACAAGAUAUUUAAUAACAAACAAAAGCUCUGUAUAUUUUGUGGCUUUAAGGACAAAAAUUUUACCUUUGAAUUGUUGUAUGCGAGACAAUGCUGACAACAGCAACGUCAAUCAUAGGCAGUAUUACUUAUAACCAUUGGAAGGUUUUCACAAGUUGUAUAAGUCAGUUCAUUUAUUUAUUAUAUUGUGAAAUGUAAUCUUUAUACAAAAUGCAUAUUCUAGCUCUUUUCCUUUUUACUGCUGUUGCCUAGAGUGUAAUAGCUCUGUUAAUGAUUUACUUAUAUACUUGAAGUACUCAUUUCUGUCAAACAGAUGCCCAAUUUUUUUCUUGUAAAAACUGAUAUUCUUCAUCAUAAUAGAUAAUUGAACAGUAGGGACUUUUAAAAAAUGAUUUUCAUGUCUAAAAUAAGUAUCAAAGGGCAUAAAGCCAAAGGAAAUGACCAAUGUUAAGAAUUUAAUAGAGCCAAGGGAUUCAUUAUGCUACAGUUUACCAAUAUAUAACACGUCUUCAUAACUUUUUUCCUGUGAUGAAUUUUCAGUAUUUGUUAUAAGAGAUUAUACUGCCAAUACAACAUUUAAAUGAACAUUGAGAAUUUGAAUUCCCCAAAGUAUCACAUACCUCUAGCAGUCAGGUCUUGGUAUAUAUUUUUUAACAUUUUUGCAUUGGACUAUGAGCUAUUUUACAAAUAGUAACCAUGGAUAAUGGUUAUUUGUUUCUGUCAAAUAUAUAAAUGAAAUUUUAAUUGAGUUUUGAAUCAUUUCUAUUUAAACCUGUUCUCAAUUACAUUGUUUAAAAAUCCAACUUUUAAAACACAAUAGCACAACUCAACCCCACAGAAUAAAAUCACCUGUUUUCAAGGAAGUAAAAACAAGGGGAAAAGGAAAAAAAAAAAAUCGGUGUGAAGCCGUGUGGUAUGCCAAAGAAAUCACU